AACGAAAGGCGGUCUUUUUGUCUGCUCAACCCUUGUCGGAUUCCAUUUCCGGUAAAUGGGUUUUGUCCCGACAAUGAUAUACACCGCUAGAGGUUCGCUUCUCAGCUCCACCUGUAAGCUACGCCAUCCCUUUUCUUGUGAUUCACUGAAACCUCUCGGUCCUCUGUUGAGAAACCUGAGCACAGCUGCUGAGAGAUUAGGUUUCCUAAACCCGAAUCCAACUGGUACUUCUUCAAAUCAAGUUGACUUCGUGAAUAGAGAUCAGUUCCUAGGUGGGUUUCAGCAGAAUUCAUAUGGGCAGAGCUUAAACCCAGAUGGGUUUUAUCAAAGCAGUGAACUUUAUAACCAGAGACAACGAAAUUGGCGAAGUAGUAGUGAUGGUUUUUCGUCAUAUGGUAAUCACAAUCAGGAGAAUGCAGGUUUUGUUCACUCACCUAACCAGAGUGAUCCGCAAGUCCAGUCUCAUCAAGAUAAUAGUGGUUAUGACUCAUUGGAUGCGCUUUGCAGAGAAGGUAAUGUGAAAGAAGCAGUUGAUAUCAUCAAAUCAUGGAGAAAUCAGGGUUAUAUUGUGGAUUUACCCAGGCUUUUGUGGAUAGCUAAGCUAUGUGGAGAUGCACAGGCUUUACAAGAAGCCAAAGUUGUUCAUGAGUUUAUUACUUCUUCGGUUUCUCGUUCGGACAUCAGCGCUUACAACUCGGUGAUAGAAAUGUACUCUGCUUGUGAGUCCGUGGAAGAUGCGAUAGCCGUUUUCGAGAGUAUCCCUGAGAAGAACUCGCAGACUUGGUGCGGUAUCAUAAGGUGUUUGGCAAAGAAUGGACAUGAAGAGGACGCCGUUGAUAUGUUCUCUCGUUUUAAAGUUGAAGGGAACAGACCCGAUGGGGAGGUUUUCAAAGAGGUCUUCGUUGCGUGCGGUGUGCUUGGUGACGUUAACGAAGGGCUGCUUCACUUUGAGUCGAUGAGGAGAGACUACGGGAUCGUUCCUGAUAUGGAACAUUACGUGAGCAUCGUUAAAAUGUUGGCUGAGCCUGGUUACUUAGAUGAAGCGUUGAGAUUUGUUGAGUUGGUGGAACCAAACGCUGUUGAUUUGUGGGAGACAUUGAUGAAUCUUGCACGUGUUCACGGGGAUUUAGAGCUCGGCGACCGGUGUCAAGACGUGGUUGAGCAGCUUGAUGCGUGUAGACUGAGCAAAGAAUCAAAGGCGGGUCUUGUCCCUGUGAAAUCAUCAGACUCAGCAAAAGAGAAGCUACAGAGGAUGACGACAAGGGAUAAUAACUUCAGGGCUGGAGAUAUAUCUCUUCCGGAAAACAGAGAAUACUACAUGGCGCUGAAGAGUUUAAAGGAGCAUAUGGUGGAGCUUGGUUACGUGCCCGAGUCUAGGCUUGCGUUGCACGACGUGGAGCAGGAGAGCAGAGACGAGAACCUUUUUAACCACAACGAGAGAUUCGCCUUCGUCUCGUCGUUUCUCAACACUCCUGCGCGUUCUGAAGUACUAGUGAGGAAGAAUCUACGAGUUUGUAUUGAUUGCCACAACGCGUUGAAACUGAUGUCGAAGAUAGUUGGGAGACGGAUGAUCUCGCGAGAUGUCAAGAGGUAUCACCAUAUGGAAGAUGGUGUUUGCUCUUGCAGAGACUAUUGGUGAUCAAAAUUAGUGUUUUGCUUUGACUUGGUUUAGAGAGUGGCAAAACAUUAGACAUUUGUUUAUGUAUUAUUAAGUUUUUUUUGGUCUCUUUAAUCAUUUCAAAUUUUAUUUUUAAAUAUCCCAAUUUAAAAUAAUAGAUUUACCAUUA